CCUGUGGUUCUGGAGCCACCGCAGCACUUUUAUUCUGAAACUCUCAGACUGGAAGCAGAUCUCUGUGGUCCUCUUAACCAGACGCGCUUCAAGCAGUUCUCUGAGUUGGGACUUUGCUGCCGGACCCGUUGGAUCUGGACCAUGGUCCCGGUGUCUUCUUUGCUCUGACCCUCCAGCUGGUUCGCGGAGCUCCAGCAUGCUGCAGCCGGAAAACCACUCCUCCUGCUGGACCGACCUCCAGAAGACGAACCGGACCGCGGGGGAGUCCGGAGCGGAGGUGGUGAUCGUGCCGGUGGUGUUCGGGCUGAUCUUUGUGGUUGGGGUGCUCGGGAACUCCCUGGUGAUGCUGGUUAUUGGCAGGGUAAAACCCAGCGGCGGUGCGCGGGCACUCAGCCCCACCAACAUCUUCAUCGUCAACCUUAGCGUGGCGGACCUCCUCUUCCUCCUCUUCUGCGUCCCGCUCCACGCCACCAUCUACUCUCUGCCCGAAUGGGUGUUCGGAGCCUUCCUCUGCAAGUUCGGACACUUCUUCACCAUGGUCAGCAUGCUAGUCAGCAUCCUCACACUCGUGGCCAUGUCCGUGGACCGCUACAUCGCCGUGGUGCGCUCCAAGAGCUCUGCGUGCGUCCGGAGCCGCAGGAAUGCGCUGGUCGGACUGUGCGUCAUUUGGACAAUGUCCUUGCUGUGUUCGGUGCCGGUGGCUCAGAACUAUGUGCUAACCAACCACCCCAGCGCUCCGAACAAGACUUUCUGCUGGGAAAAGGGGUUUGGAGCGUCGCGGCGCUCCUACAAGGUGUCCAUCCUGCUGCUGGGCUUCGUGCUGCCGCUGCUGCUCAUCUGCUGCUGCUACAUCAGGGUUUUGUGGCACCUCCAUGAAAAGCUGAAGAACAUGUCCAAGAGGUCUGAGCUCUCCAAACGAAAGACGGCGCAGACCAUCCUCCUGGUCGUCACCGGCUUCACCAUCUGCUGGAUGCCACACCACAUCAUCGCCAUGUGGGCGGAGUUUGGCAGCUUCCCGCUGAACAACGCCACCUUUGCUUUCCGCAUCGUCUCCCACUGCCUAUCCUACGGCAACUCCUGCAUUAACCCCAUCCUCUACGCCUUCCUGUCAGAGAAUUUCCGCAAAGCCUGCCGCCAGGUCUUCGCCCGCCACCUGCUGUACACUCCGCCAGUCGACGGGAAGGUGGUUCGAUUCCGCAUGGACAACUUCUCCGCCACACACUCCAGCACCAACAUCUGAGGCAGUUCCUUCAGGACAAAGCCUGGGAAGCUGAAGGUCCUGCUGGUCACAUGACGGCAGGGGCUGCAGGUGAUUGGCUGCUGUGGUCAGCCUGUACUGCAGCUGGAGAAGAACCUUUCUCAACAGGACAGUGCAUGGAGCAUUUCUUAUUUGUAAUUUUCUGAACUUGACCACAAACUGAAUGUUUCUCUUCUAUUUUAAGGUGAAAAGUUCUCAACUUUCUGCGGGACUUCAACUGAGACCAUUGCGUACAAAGGCUGUGAUUUUGGUUCUAAUUUACAGCACAUUAAUAUAAAUACAUCACAUCAAUGUACACUUAUUUACAGACUUGUAAAGGUUUGAACUGUUAAUAAAGUUUCUAAAGAGG